GAUACCCGAAGGUCUCCGCCAUUCUCAGCCUUCUGCUAUCACUCAAAUUCUAUUAUUAUUAUAUCUUCGUUCGCCGGGGGCGUGCCUCAGUUUAAGGUCCGGCUUCGCCUCUGUUUCAGAUUUUUCUGGAGAUCAUUUUCAUAUAAAUUGACACAAAUUAGGGUCUAUUAAGCUUCCUAAUCCCUACCAUGUUAAACUCAAGGCUAGCCAGAGUGGGAGCUUGGGUGGUCAAGGAGUUAUCCAGAGGAAAGUGCAUAUCGAAUAAUAGAGCAGGAUAUACUCGAAGGAUUAAUGGGCAGUAUUUGCAUCCUCCGUGGUCAUCUACUAAAUUGGGCCUGGGAGGCAUGUUUCAAAAGCCUCAGUACCUUUCAACUAUGCCCACUAACAAUACUUCUGAGGAAGGGGGUGAGCAGAAAACGAUAUCUGUAACUUUUGUUGAUAAGGAUGGUGAGGAGAAGCAAAUUAAAGUCCCUAUUGGAAUGUCUAUGCUAGAAGCUGCUCACGAAAAUGACAUUGAACUUGAAGGAGCUUGUGAGGGUUCACUUGCCUGUUCAACAUGCCAUGUUAUAGUGAUGGAUGUAGGGUACUAUAAUAAAUUAGAAGACCCAACUGAUGAAGAAAAUGACAUGUUGGAUCUGGCUUUUGGACUAACCGACACAUCACGUCUGGGUUGCCAAGUGAUUGCUAAACCAGAACUUGACGGGAUUCGGUUAGCUAUUCCUGCGGCCACGCGGAACUUCGCUGUUGAUGGCUAUGUGCCAAAACCACAUUAAGAUUUUUAAGCCGACAACCACACUAGAGUUUAGUGAUCAUACUUGUUCGCAAAAUUUUUGGGUGCUUGUAAAACCACAUAACAGUUUCUGUGGCAUCUUGCCGUUCAAACAAAUGAGCUUUAGUAUAUCCGAGGCAUUAUUUUUGUGUUGAUCAUUGGUUAUUGGCUUGAGGAGGUCCUGUUUCUGUCAAAUAACAGAGAUAACACGGUUGUAGAGUUCGGCCGCCUGCAAUUGUUGGACAGUUAUACUGUAUAAUUUAAUUGUACCAAUUGCCUCUUCUGGCACAAAAUUCUAUUGAGAAAUGAAUUCCAGCCAUGCUAAUUUAUUUAGUGGCA